AUGGGUGGACACAUUUUGAAAGACUUUAAUUUUUUUAGAUUUAUAUUCUGGGCAGAUCUUGGCAAGGAGGUUUCUAUAUCUCGAGCAAACACGGACGGUAGUUCUCAUUCAAAGAUUGUCACGUCAGGAAUGAAGUGGCCCAAUAGCUUGACAGUUGAUCACGUGGCUAAACAUUUAUACUGGGCCGAUUAUCUUCAGCAACGAAUUGAGCUGUGUGACUUCAAUGGAAAAAACAGACGACAGUUGGUAACCACAUUGGCUGGUCCAUCGUCCCUCACUUUGUUUAGUAGGUUUGUGUACUGGUCUGAGUGGCAGCCAAACGUUUUGAGAAAAAGUGGUAAAACUCAAGAUGGUCUUGCUAUUACAGUGAUGAAUGGCUUGAAGCGAGUAACUGGAAUUCAAGCCGUAAACCUUCGAAAAGUUCCAGGUUUGUAAAUUAAACUUGUCGGUGUUUUAACAAACCUGGUCCAGUUUGAAUGAAACUUUUCUAAAUAUGGAUAAAAUUACAGUUGCGUCAACAUAUCCCACGUAAUACUUAUGGUGUAUAAUAUUAAGUAAGUAGGUCAAAAAGGCCUUUAUAUAGGGGCUACUGGGCCCAAUAAAAAAUACCUGUUGUUCCGGUUUCAUAUCAUGAAAAAAUUAGGAUUGGUAGGUCGGAAAUUAAUUUUCUUUUGAAUGUUUUUUUCAUAGUGCUAUUUCAAUCUCUAGAUGAAUGCUAUCCUUUCCUAUUAUCUUGUGUAAAAAUAAUAUUAUGAUCCUUUCUUUAUCGUGUGUUUCUGGUGGAAUGUUCAGGACGUGUGGCUAUAGAUAAAAAAAUAAUCAGUGUUUGGUGUCCUUAUUAUUCAAUUUAGUAUCAAAAAGCGAGUGCGAACGGAACAAUGGCAACUGUAGUCAUUUCUGUUUGAAGAAUUCAGUUGGCAUUUCCUGUGCUUGUCCAGUUGGUCUGAAGCUGCGCGACGAUGGCCAAACCUGCAAUAAGAGUAAGUGCAAAUAUUAUCUAUGUGGACUCCUUAAAGUAAAGUUUGUUCUUGGUUUCAUAGGCUCCUCGCCGGCUAGUUCCUUAUGGGAUACAAGGAUUUAGACAGGAUCUCGUAGGCGUCCAAUUUUGGGAUUUAGCUUGCAACUUAACAAUAGAGACCUUAAGAUGCGGGUAGGCAAAGCGAUGACCAUUGAUAAAACAACCUCACUGAAAUAAUGAUUGUAUAUAUGUUAUUACCGGCUGGGAAGUCCGGAUAGAAAAAUAUUCAUGGAAGAUCAAAAACAUCUUCAUGGAAGAUAUAAAAAUCAAAAGGAAGAUAUAAAAAUCUAAUGUAAACUGAUGCCUUAUUUUACCUUUUAAGGAGUUCUUUCAAUCCAAACGUACUUAAAUUAUGUUUCUAAUACCUUUAAAAGAACGAAAUCGUGCAAAUUCAGUGAAAUCCAGUUACAAACUUGCUUCCAUUGUUAGCCAAAUACGUUAUUUAUUGGAAUUGCCUCCAAUGUCUCUGUCAAUGACUAAUGGGAGACAUUUUAGUAGACAUUUAGGAAAUGGCAGACAAAAAUGAAAAUAUAUUAAAUUGUAAAAUAUAAAGACCUGGUGUAUAUGAUCACUACCUGAACUAUUUUUCCAAUUCAAGCCAUCAAGUACAGUAUACAAUACCCACUGUAAAUCUGGGAGUGUUACGACAACGCGCAAUUUUAUCGGUGUAAUUUUUUGCAGCUGUGUGGACAAAGGCUUGCAAUUGGUGUUAACUUACACCUUUUCUGUGUUAUAGAUGUAGCUGUGUGAACACCAUUCCAGUGUUAUUAAUUUACAUAUUAAAGCACGUUGACACUUUCGUGGAUUUUUUUGCAAUGUACAGACUGUUAUUAGCCGUCCGAAUGGCAUUCUGUUUCAUGUAGCCGUCCAAAUUUUAAGAUAUAGUACUGUAGUUUGAAUGGCCGUUCUUAAGUCUGACUAAGACUAUCUGACCAUGGUGUAUUGACAUUUAAUCUACAAGAAACGAAACAGAACUAAAUUUAAUGCAAUCCACUAUCAAUAAAAUUUAAUUUUUUUAUUAAUUAACUCAUGCUUAUAACUAUAGGCCCUAAAAGAUCAAUAUUCUACUCCACUGGCGGAAAAAUGAAGAGAAUUUCCUUGGAUACAGACGACCUGACUGGUUUUAUAUUACCUGUUAAGUUCGUCACCAUCACAGAAAACUUUGCUUUUGACGUAACUACAAAUCAUAUAUACUGGACCGAUGGCACCAAUAUAUAUUCAUCACUUACCAAUGGCUCAAGUAGGUGCAACUAUAUAUUAGAACCUGUUUUGUCAAUCUGGUUAAAUAAAUGAUUGUAGCUAUUCGCCAUAAAAUUACACAUACUACCCAACUAAAUAUAUCCUGGAUACAAGCUACUAAUUUUGUUAGAAUUGUUGUCAGCCUUAUAUAAACAUGAUAUGAACAUUUCCCCCAUUUUUUAUGCAUCACUUAAAAGUACCUUGAAAAUGAUGAAGAAUGGCCUCGACAAUUUAUUCACAGCUCAUCUCAUUUCCAACUUAUCGGGUAUUUUGUAUUUUUGUGUUAUGACAUCACUGGUUAUAAGGAUGCCAGCAAAAAGAAUAAAGUUUAAUAUCUCAGAAGUGAUUCAACGAAAUUAAAUGAAAUUCGGUACAGUUAAUAAGUGCACCUAAGUAAACAUUCUGGAAUGUUUAUGUGGUUGUCAUACCAAAACACUAGUUACCAGGUCUCUCUGUCCUGUUUGUUCAAUUCUUUGCUUCCAACAAAAAGGAGAAGAAUUUUUGUGAUUUUCAUUUAUUCUCAACGUUUUUAUAGGUGCUGUGGUGAAUAUAAACUACUGAGUUAAAUAAACUUUUCGUUCCAGAGUGUCUUCGGUAGACGUUACAUCAAAAUAACAAGAGAGAGACUUGGUAACUAGUGCGUUGCUAUGACAACCACAUAAACGUUUCAAAAUUUAAGUGCACUUACUAACUGAACCAAAUUUUAGUUAAUUUCGUUGAAUCAAUUCUGAGAUAUUAGACUUAUCCUUUUUAUUGGCAUCCUUAUGCACAACCAGUGACAUCAUAACACAAAAUACAAAAUGUCGAUAACUAGGUAAUGAGAUGAACUGUGAAUAAAUUGUUAAGGCCAUUCUUCAUCAUUUUCAACCUCGUACUCAGGCUUUUCCUCUUGGCGAGGGGAGAAAAGACCCUGGUAGACGCUGGUCACGUGAUCUGCUAAAAUGUAGCAGAAUUUUAAUUAGCAAUCCAAGAUGAGGUCAAUAAAUAUUUGAUAUUUGGAUAAUUUUUGUAGUUUAAUUUAUAAUUUGUUUUUUGUAUGAAUGUCGUAAAGGAGUGCAGAUCACGUGACCAGCGUCUACCAGAGUCUUUUCUCCACAAGAGGAAAGACCCUGGGUACGAGGUUGUAUUAUUUUCAAGGUACUUUUAAGUGAUGCAUAAAAAAUUGGGUAGAAAUUUUCAUGUCAUGUUGCACUUUAAAUUAAGUAACUGGAUUCAGGGUAGCAACGUGACUGUUCAUACACCUAAGAACACCCAAGACCUUGCGUCAUAGUCCAACAAAUAAACAAUUGAAUAAACACUUGCGAAACAAACGUUAUAUCGUUCCCUUUGCUACAACACAUUUCUCGACCAAAGCCAUCUCAUUCUCUUGGACGAUGAUCGUCUCCCCUUAAAGGGCUCAAACAACAUCGUAUUUCGUAUUUGUGCGUAUUGUAUAUUAUUGCUCAUUAUUCUAAUCUUUUGUAGAUACUAAGACGGUCAUCACCUCCACUACGUCAUCCAUCAAAAGUCUAUCAGUGGACUGGAUUUCUGGAAAUUUGUUUUGGACUGAUUUCUUGAACGGAAAGAUAAAGAUUUCCAACUUGGAUGGUUCACUUGGUGCUAAUCUUAUGUCUCAUGGAUUGGAAACGCCACGUGACAUAGUUGUUGAUCCAAUGAAAGGGUACGUUUUUGUAAAUUUUUUGGUUACAUUUUUAUACAUUAAUUUAAAGUGCUAUUAACCCAAAUUUGACUUUUUGCAUGUGUGAUAUUUGGUCGCUCUGACACCUCUGAGAAGGAAUAUAAUCUAAUAUAUUUUUGUUGGCAAAGAAAAGCACAAUCUUGAUCAACUUUUUUCGUCGGUUAAUUAACUAAUUGACUAUAACUAUAACUCAAAUCCGUGCAGAGUAAAAUUACAUCAGUUUUGACUUUCAGACUCCUCUUUUUCACCGAUACUGGAAGAAAGGUUAUCGAAAGAUCUUAUACAAAUGGCCAGUCACGCAUUGUGAUAGCUAGCAGAGGUAUCUAUUACCCAGUUGGACUUGCAGCGGACUUUGACACAGAGUUCUUGUAUUGGACUGACUCAAUGUAUCACACCAUUGAAAGAUGUACUUAUGACGGUCGGAGAAGAUUUACUGUGGUUAACAGGGUAGGUGAAUACCAAGUUACUAAGCUUGUCCUAGUCGUAUUUGAAAUUGCAUUGCCCAAACCAACUUUGGCACCGACUUAUAUUCGCGGCGUGGGUGUGUUAGUCUGUUGGUUUGUUAUAUUCUGUUCCUUUGUUAUUCUGUUAGUUUUUUCGGAAUCAUAACCUUGGUUAUUUAUUCAAAAAGAGUAUACCUUCGCGCUUGUGGUGCAGUUGUAACGCGCAUGCUCCAGAGCACCAUACUCUAGUACUAUUAUGUCUGCUUCAUUUAUACCGUUAGGUCAAUCCGGCGCUCGACACUGAGCAUUUUAUAGCGUUCUAAACAAAAAAAAUAGUGUUAUAAAUUAAGCCAAAGUAAAAAUUUUAAUAAAUGUUUGAGAUGACCUCUUUAAAUAUAGCUAGUUAAGUAGCUAAUGUUAUUUCCUUUGGAAGUUUCUGCCCUUUCGUGAUUGUCCUUGGAUAGAAGGAAUACUUAUAGUAAUCAACAAACAACAACGAUCAACAUCGCAAGAAUGACGUACUUUUUAAGAAAAAAUAAUAUUCGAAUACUUUGAACUUGUAUACUCGAAAUGUGAGUUAUUGCAAACAAGACAAAACUGGUAUUCGACCAUAUUUGUAUCACAAUCACAUUUUAUUUCACCAACGUACGACGAAAUCGCGACCCAGCUUGUAAUGAGAAACUCCUGGCCUUUAAUAGAUUCACCACUAAUAACACCACACUAACGUUAAUAACAUUGAAGAAACUAUAACAAGCGAAACGAGCAAAAUCAUGUUCGUUACCAGAACUAGUUGCAUAUAAUUCGUCUAUUAUAGGACGUGCACGCAUUUGGACUGGCAGUACUGGGAUCAUAUGUGUAUUGGACAGACAACCGACAACAUGCGUUACUGCGCGCUGACAAAGAGACUGGAAGCCAACGUAGCCUUCUUGAUGAACAUCUUGAAAUUCCAUUGGCAGUUGCAGCACUUUCAAUAAGAAAAAAUCCAGGUACUAACUUUAACCGGGUUGAAAGUGCAUAGUGUAUGUAUGAGCUUCCCCUCAAACUCUUCCGCAAAUGAAAAGCUCACGAUCUAAAAACAGAUGGCAAUUGGGUGGCCGAUUCGGUUUCGACAGACCGCUUUAACGGUUGCUGGGAAUACGCCUUUCUCACGCGGGUCUGUCUUCCCUCGUUUAAGAAUCAAGACAAUUAAAACAAGGUGCAAACUAUUAAGUGAUUUUUCAAAAAUGUAACUGUAAAUUUAUCAUUAUACACACAACUACAGUGAUUAAAAGUCCCAUUUCGCGGUGCGUGCAACCUCAGAGGCAGUACCUCCAAAAUCGCGGAUAAACCGAGCAAGAGAAAGGCUAAUCCACAUAUCCACCGAGGGUUUUAUCAUGGAGACGCAAUUUGAUAAUAUCAUGUGGUAUAAUGGUUAGUUCGUAAAGUUUACUUUCGAAAUUUUCUGGUUUCGCACUGUAAUUAUGGUACUCGGAGAAGAUGCUAAUUUUGUGGCAACCAAACCAAACUAGUCUGUAAUCAUCAUUUCACGCAUGAUAUCAAACUGGAAAUAUAUGAAACAACGUCAUGAUUUUUUAAGUAAAACAAAAACAUGUCAAAUUGGUUUAAUUAUCAGCCGAUGAUAAAAACAUGAGCAAAUUUGUCUUCAUUAAUAUACUGGUAUCAUAACGGAAUAGCCUGCUCUUACUCGUGAACGUGGUGCAAAAUAUACUGGGCUUUUUAGUACGAAUCGUUUCACCCUCCCAUUUCACCCUUCUCAGGACGCCCAGGAGUUGUGAAAAUUUUCUUUAAUAACAUUGGUAAUUUUCAUUUCUAGAAACAAGUUCUUGCUUUAAGAAUGGAAACUGCAAAAAUCUUUGCUUACCAACUCCAAAUGGUCGCUCCUGUGCCAGCGUGUGCGAUGGAAAGUUGUAUUUAAAAGGUGAGAAUUUGACAAAAGUAAAUCAACGAGGUCAAUAUUGUACUAUCUCCGAUACAAGUAUACUGCAUUAUCAUCUCAGAAAGGCAUAAUAAUUGAAAAAGGGAUUGAUUUGGUCAAAUAUCAAGAUUUUUGUGGCAUCUCACUCGAAUGAAUAAUAUUUGAUGGGCAUUGUAAAUGGAAAUUGUCGAGUGAAAAUUUAUAUUCAUUUAUUAGACCUAACCAGGAACAGAAGCGAAAAAUGCAACUUUAGGUCCCUGGCAGGAAUUGAACCUGCAGCUCUGCAAUGAUUUAAUGAUUUAAUAAGAUUCGGCUACUAUUUAAAUACAACAUAUAGAGCCAGGGAAUGCGCCACAGGUUUCCCCAAUUACGGCGAUCCCAUAAAAUUCAAAUUCGUUUGCGCGCACUCCGGAUUCGAACUCACGACCCUCAGCAUACACGCUGGGUGUUGUUCCCCUGCGCCACCACGUCGUACAAAAAUGCUGGUGCAGCGCUCUGACCAACUGAGCUAUAUACAGAGGUCAGUUGUCGAGCUCUAAUCACAAGUUCAUGUAUAUUUACUAGGAUACUGCCAUAUAUACCAGGGUAAUACCAACCAUUGAUUUGGUUAGUCUGCCAUUUCAAGCUCCUAUUUGUCAUAUGUUUACCCAUUGUUAUCAUAUGCUUACCCAUAAAAGGACUAUAUCUGCAAAUUGAAAAUUAUUGUUUGAGUUAUAUAUGCGUGCUAUGACGGAAGCGUGUACAUUGAUUUUUUGUGGCCACAAAACUGGAAUUGGAAUGAUGCCAUGAGGUCCCCCUUCUAGAGGAUAUCUUCACGUUAUGAAAUCUAAAGCUCCGUGCCAAUGUCUCCUCGAGAUUAACUGAGAAAUAGUGAAGACAAAUUUCUAGGCGUAGCAGCACGCGCAUGGUAUCCAUGUAUUAUCCGAGCAUUUUGGUAUAUUGGUUCAUGACUACUAGAUAUUAUAAUGCAUACGAACAUUGAGUUUCAAAAAUACAAAUUUUUCAGGUUCGACUCUUCUUGUUCGUACUGGCCCUCUUUGGAGCCCAUUAUUUUCUGCCAUAUCAAAUCGUCACCCAUAUUUACCUGCUUUGCAGUGUAUAUACGUUCUGUGUGUGCAGAAGCAGCACAGCAGAGAUGAUCAUUCCUACAAGAAAAUGGCGUAACCUGUUAUCUGAUGCUUUUAUUCGUAGAUUCGUGCGAUAUUCAGAAAAUUACCCCAAAACCAACACAGAUAAAGUCUUCAAUAAGGUAUGUUCCCCAUCAUCAAACUGUCAUAGUUAUUGUGAAUCUACCUUGGUUGGUAUGCAUUGUCGAAAAUAUAAAACACAUGUGACAAAAAAUUUCGAAAACUACAUUUAGUAUGUGUAAACAUAUUCUUAUUGAAUCGAUUCGGAAUUACACACCACAUUCUAUAGUAACUAUUGUCAAAAAGCGGAACAUAGACAAAACAAUUUGAGAUAUUUUAUAACAUUUUGUUACUUUUAGAACUCUGUAAAUCUCAUUCUAAAGUGCAGCAAAUGGCAUUUCAGAGACUCUAAUUAUAAAAAUUUUCCGGGGGCAUACCUGUACCUCCAGACCCCCCUAAAAGAAUGUGUUCCCCUCACUUCUGCAUGGAGCCGCUCCGACGCCCCUGCAAAAAGUGUUUGAUAUACUGUCGGUGAUUUUCAUUAUACUGCAGUUCGGUGCACAAGAAGAGCAUUUACCCAAUAGAAUUUCAUCACUUGCCCACCAUCUGCCUUUGUGCUAAAGUCUCAUGGGAUUGCUUGAAAGUCUCCUGAAUAUUCGUGAAAUUAUAGAUAUAUUUUCUAUUGCAUGUAGCUGCAGAUUGGGACAUGACAGCAAAAACUGUAGUGAUGGUUCAGUAAAAAAUGUUACAAAAGGUAAAUAAUUCGAUAAGGCUUAACUAAGUCUACUUUUUUGCAGUUUUAUCUAAUAACAAUGAUUCAGAAGUGGAUCUUCUUUUUUUAAUUAUAUUCCACUAAUCUUUUUCUUUUAGGAAAGGAAACAAUGAAAAUAGCGUACGUUGUAGGAGGGAUUGUUUUUGUAGCAUUUAUCGUAACCAUGUCCGUCCUUGUAUUUCUAUGUCACAGGUAAGGCUGUUAUACCACUAAUACCAGCGCUAUUUUUGGGCAAAUAUAGACUGCUAGAACUGGUCAGCAACGUUAUACCGGCUACGGUUAGAGUUUUGCACAGUGGUGGAUCCAGCAAGUAUUUCGUAGGGGGAGGGAGGGUGCUGGGCCAUCAGCCAAUCACACUGAGCCAAAGGCGUACUGUCAUGAAAGUGCACCUAGUAGUUUCUGUACAAUUUACAGAUAUGUUAACUGAUAAAUAAAAUUUAAUAAGUAAAAUGUAAAUACCCGAGACAUCAACAGUCAACAUCACACAAGAGAUCAGCCUGCGAAUAUUAAUUAUUAUUAUUAAGCAAUUAUUGGAUGAGGCUGAGCAUGAUAUCAAGAAUUAUUCAGACCGACGUCAAUGUUAUCUGCCGAAGCGAAGCUGAGGCGGAUAACAUAGACCGAGGUCUGAAUAAUUCUUGAUAUCAUGCGAAAGCCGAAUCCAAUAAUUGUUUUAUUAUACAUUUAAAGACAUGAGAAACGUAUAAAACGAUUCCUGUUCAUGAGGUAGGAAAAGUACAAUUUGAAUAUCAGACACCUUGCACAAAGUCAAAGCCAGUCUCGUACCCAGAGUCUGGGUACGAGAUUGAGUCAAAGCCUCAAAGGUCAGCUAUUCUAUUUCUACUUCUAUUUACCCCUUUGUGGCUUUUUUUCGUGCUUUCACUAUCCUUAUCUGCCGAUAAUUUGGAGAGUUCGCUUUCAUUCAGCGAAUGAAAUCUGCUGUAGGCCAUUGUUUGUUUGUUUUUUUGCGCGCUUAUAGGUUCAAGCUUUUGGCCGCGCAAGGGCUUGGGCACGAGAGAGUCCAAUAAUUUUUUUUUUUGGAUGCAAGUUCGAUCCAAAAAAACAAUUAUUGGACGCUGAUGACGUCAUCGGCGGAAAAUACGUAAUAAAUGCCGAAUACUGAAAAUUAGCCGGUGCUUUCCGACCAAUUAGAAACGAGAAUACAUAUUAAAUGUAUAAUAAUAUUUAUUUAAAAAGUUUCUGGUUUCUGAUUGGCUAACAGCCAACUGUGAAUUUGUCAUAUCAACUCAAUGGCUAACCAAAUAUGGAUUUUUCACAUUCACAUUAGCAAAAUGACGUCAACGAGUCAAUAUGAAAAAGAUUUGGACGCGUUUGCGCCAUAUUAGCGAGCUUAAGCAUGUAGACGGCAACACGACGACGACGGCCAAAAAAAGAAAAACUUGUCGUAUAUUAUAAUUCGUAUAAAGUUAAUACUGUAUAAGAAGCUGAAAACAUUGGCUUUAUGUUUGGGAAGAGCUCUACUGACCGAAUUUUAAGUUGCACUUGUUACGGCUUAUAAUGCAGGCUUUGUAUAAAAGACGUGAAAAUCUGUGAUUUACCGUUGUAAACAGAACGACGACCACGUCUGAAACUCCCCUGAGACUUUAAUUAUUUAUUUCUUUUCAUUGACUCAUUGUAUUUGUUGCCGUCGUCGUCGUGUUGCCAUCCUACAUGCUUAAGCUCCCUAUUACGUAUACUAUGACGACGAGAAUCAUAUUGACUCGCUGACGCCAUUGAUAUGACGACGACGACGGCUGCCGAAGGACUAAGGAAUUGUUUUUUUCUUAAUACAAAUAAAAUACGAAUGGCUUCUUCCACUGAAAGGUUCGCCUUGGGUUCACCUUGGCGAAGCCGAAAUUCAAAAAUUACUGGAAGAUAAAGAUUCGUUAAAUACAAAAAGAUCAACAAAAGCUUCUAGAAUAGAUAAGAACACUUUUCCUAAUUCUUGAUUGGCUGAUUAACGCGGGCGAACAACGAUUAACGCGGGUUGACAGUUUGUUUUGAAUUUUUUAAAUAAAUAAUAAAACAAUUAUUGAAUUCGGUUUUCGCACAAUAUGAAGAAUCAUCAAGCCCUCAGUUUGCCAUUAUCAACCUCAGCCUUCGGCUUCGGUUGAUAACGCCAAACUUCGGGCUUGAUAAUUCUUCAUAUCGUGCUCAACCUCAUUCAAUAAUUGUUAAAUAUUGGGUAUUUCGAGCUAGUGCUGCCUUGAAUUCCAACACUUAAUUAAGUUAAUCUAAGACUGAUACCUCAAACAUUUAAAAGUAGAUUUUACAUUUAUCAGAUUGUCAUUUCCUUUCUCGUUCCCCAAUAACGAAUUAUGGCAUUUCCAACGGUUAAAAAAUAUCACUGUUAUUAACUUUCUUGCGAGCGCUAUAGUUUCAAGCGCAAUUAAAAAUCACAUGACCAACAUCUUUACAGGUCAGUGAAGGAAAAUAUCUCACUAUGAAUUUCUAGUAUCUCAAUAUCAUGUAUAUUAAAUAAAUUUAUGCGUCUUAUUUAUUUAGGCGUCUAAAGGCAGCUGUAGGCAAAAACAAACAAAAACAGAUGAUGCCAUGGCGAGUAACUUUUGAAAACAGACGUACAGGGGUAUGUUACUUUAAAUUGAGAAUUAUUUCAUGACUUGGCGGUGCCCAAUCGAGUUAGUAGGGAGUUUACGAAUGUAAGACGGCGACGGCGACGUCGGGACGACGGCUAUCAAUACAAUGACAUUAAUCCUAUAGCACAAAAGAAAUGAAUAAUUAAAAGCUAUAGCAGGGUUCUUAAGGCCUGUUUACACUUGCAAUUUUGGCUGCGAUUUCUAAUGCGAUUUUCUCCUUCUGAUGCAUGUGAACGAGUAGAGAAGUCGCGAAUGGUCGGAGUACAUGUACAGCAAUAUGAACAAUCAUGACUAAAUUGACUUAUCUACUCGUUCACAUCAAGCAGAAGAAGAAAAUCCCACCUAAAAUCGCAGCAAAAUUUGCAAGUGUAAACGAGCCUUUAGACGUCGUCCAAGCUCUAUUGACAACGGCAAAAUGCAUACAUAUUUUCACGUUUUGUAUAGUACGCUAGCAUUUCAAUCCGUGACAGAUAAACCUAAGUUUUUCAAGCAGAGUUGAUCAACAUUGCUCUCUUAGUCUAGGACCUGUAUAGAUGUUUGUAUGCAUUUCAUUUAGCACAGGUAAUCUCAACUGUUUUAGGGUAAAAUGACCAUGCGGUCAACAUGGCAUAUGUGCCAAAACCUGAAUCCGGGGCGAAAGUCCUGAAAAUGACCCCGCCCUGAAACGGCAGUGCCGACAUAGCUCUAACUUCCGAAAAGCAAAACCGACAGGCUUUCUGAAGUGCUUAUAGUGUUUAGAAGGGUUGCUUUUAGGGGUGGUCAUUGGAAGCAAAAAUUUGUCUAAGUAUAAUAUUUUACUAGAAAAUGACUAUGCACCACCCCAGGUAAAUUGCUGAUUAUGCACAAAAUAACUAAUAUGACAAUGACAAUCCUUAUGAAAACUACAAUAAUUAUAUUAAAUUAAGCAUAGUUUUUCAUCCCAUGAUAAUUUUCUUUAGGAAAUAAGAGCAUUAAAUUUCUGCUAGGCAUAUUAGUUAUUUUGUGCAUAAUCAGCAAUUUACCUGGGGUGGUGCAUAGUCAUUUUCUGGUAAAGUAUUAUACUUAGACAAAUUUUUGCUUCCAAUGACCACCCCUAAAAGCAACCCUUCUAAACACUAUAAGCACUUCAGAAAGCCUGUCGGUUUUGCUUUUCGGAAGUUAGAGCUAUGUCGGCACUGCCGUUUCAGGGCGGGGUCAUUUUCAGGACGGUCGCCCCGGAUUCAGGAUUUGGCACAUAUGCCAUGUUGACCGCCAUGGUCAUUUUACCCUAAAACAGUUGAGAUUACCUGUGCUAAAUGAAACGCAUACAAACAUCUAUACAGGUCCUAGACUAUCUUAUUAAAGCUCUGUUUUACUCUUUCGAAACUAUUUUAAACUAUAUCUCUCGAGGUUGUCCACAAAUUGGAAAUUCCGGGAGUUUCGAAAUUUUUACACCAUUAAAACACUUCCCAACCACGUUGCUGCUUUCCAGUCUUCGACGAGCAAAAACCGCCACCAAAACCAAAAUGGCGGGUUCUCGACCAUUGAAAUGCUUCUGUAAAGUCUGGAUUUACUUCGCCGAAUGAUGAAAGAAGAGAUUUGAGCGACAGAGUAAAAUUCUUCAAAAUUAUAGAAACAGCAUUCCAGAAAUUAAUGUGUUCCAUUUGAUUUUCAAGAAAGAUUUCCGGAAUUUCCAUCAAAUGGAAAGCGCCCAUUAACAAGCCUCCCAUUAUUUACAAAUCACGCUGUAGCGUUCCAGUUUGCCACUGGACAUUCCAGAAACCCAAUCUGGAUUUUUUGUUCAAGUGGAAAGCGCCCAAAAUUUCCCGCGCUUUUUCGGCCUUGCUCAAUCGAUUUAUUCAGCAUGCAUUUCAGCCAAUCGAAAACGUUCUUAUAUAGCAUGUAUAUUAUAAUAGUUUAUUACUAAAUAGUUUAUCCACGGGCUUUAGGACAAAUGCAAUUCGACAACAAUAGUAUUCUAUCUAAAUAGCAGUUAAAAUAAAGUGUACGGCACCUGAACUGUUCAAUAUCUUGCUUCUGUAUCCAUAAAACAUUUACAUAUAUGCAAAUGCUGUAUGUUUUCAAAAUCCGCCAUACUUAUUUACAUUAGAACCCAAGCUUUCGCGAUUCACACGAAAUAUUAACGUCGGUGAUUUUCACUAGUGAUCGUUUAAAGAGGUACAUAAGUGAAGUUAGACAUAAGUCUAUUGUUUUUAUCGAUAUAGUUGAAGUGAACAUACAUAACAAGUUGCUUUUAUCAAUCGUGUAUAACACUUUUCGGGUCUGGGUCAACAAUUUUAAUUUUCUAUCAAGGUUUUGUCUUACUCUAUAACAUGAUAAUUUAGAAUGAUUUUAGAUAUUUUGAAAAUGUACAUUGCUUGGAAAUGAAUUGCAUAUCCCAACUAAAUAUUAAAGCUGUUCUGAAGCAAAUUUUAUAGGUUUUAAAAUGAUCUAAAAGUUUAUACAGAAGUACAGAACCCUAGUGGCUAGUAUUUGUAAACAGCUCCGCUUUCGUUUCUGAAGAUUUAAUUUUUAAAUCUCUACACUUCAGCCGAAAUUUUAAGUUAUUUUUGGUAGCUUUUUCAAUAUCCUUGCCAAUUUUGAGCCAGGUAUGUCCUUUUCUGUCAACUAUAUCGGUAAAAAUAAUAGACUUAUCAGUCUUACGAGUCAUUGUGUACAAGCAGUACUCAGAGUCUAACUUCACUGAUGUACCUCUUUGUACGAUCACUAAGCCUGUGUAUUGCUGUCUAUACAGAUUCAUUGGGGCCAUUCUGAUGAUCACACUGAUGAAUUUGAGAAACAAAAAGAAAAUUUAUACUUUUUAGCAACGAAAUAUGUAAAGAAACCGAGCGAACAAUUCGCUAAAUGUUGACAGUAAAAUAAUGUACAAUCUAAUGAAAAACAAAUAAAAUUUAAACUACGACGAAUAUGAAAACUCAUUUGGCCUAUAUAUAGAAAAAUUUGCUUCAAACUUACCAUAAUACUGGGUAUUUUGGCUUUUAAAAAAUUUCAAAACAAGUAAACAACUCUGAGCUUUCGAGAUUUUCUCCGCAAACUACGUCACAAUCCUGCUGACGUCAACCUUUUUAUAAAGGUCUAUUGCACUAUGAUUACAAAAAAUUGCACUAUGAUUACAGAAAAUUGCACCGUGAUUACAGAAAAUUGCACUACUGUUUGGGAUUAACUGAACUGAAAUCAACCAAUCACAGUCGAGUAAUAUCUUUAUGUAUAUUGUUAAUAUUGUAACAUUGUGAGGUUAGUAUGUUAAUUUAAUACGUUUCCCUCGUGGAAUAAAGUUUUUACUCACUUAUAUAAUUACUUACUUACUUAAUUAAACAUGUUCCUUUAUUAAUUGUCUUAAAUAACUUGAUAAUUAAUUCGAACCCACAGCCACCGCAGUUAUGCAAAUAAUUUUGACUUCUUCCCAGGACGCACGCAUACACGAAGCUCGAUGAUGAAAAAAAUCUUCUUUCCAAACCCACCGAACGCCUGCGGAGGAUAUACGCGCAAGCAGCGCAAGUCUGAAUGCAAUUAUAAUAAAAGUAACCUAAACCUAUCAACUUAGUGGUAUGCAACAAAAUGCUUUUUACAACAAAAUGCAAAUAUUUCAGUAAUUUACUCAGUAGUAUAUGCACUACUAGUACGAUUCGUGGUAAAUUAAGGUGAUACUCUGAUGUGUCAGAGUAAUAUGAAAGUGAAACUAAGUGAUAACAACAAUAUGUAAAUUUUCCAUAUCAAAUGUAUUGUAUCUAAGCGGAAUGAACAUUAGUAAUAUUUUACUUCAGCCCAGUCUAUUUACCGUAUGCGAAGCUAUAUUGUGUAGUGAACACUCGUAAUAUCGUUUUUAGAAAUUACUUCUAAAUACAGUUAGCUGUAUUUGAAAAAGAUUUCUAAAGGCCGUUUUCCACUCCGCCCCUACCGUACCGUAACGUACCGAUGAGCAUGCGCAGCUUGGAGAUGGGUUUUCAAGAUUCGCGUAUCACGGUAGUAUUAAAGUACGGAAGUAUUAACCAAUCAACAUUCAUUUGAUACGUGUCGUUACAUUAUGCUUGAAGUGGAAAACGGCUUUAAACAAGCAAUCGCUUACUCUAAAACAAGAUAUGUUUUUGAAACAAAACACUUCUACUGAAUACUAUUCUCGGCAUUUUCAAGUCUCUUCUUACGAUUAUUUGCGAACGUACGCCGCCCUUAUGGAGAAGAUUGGGCACAUGGAAUUAGAAAGCACAUGUACUGUAAAACAACAACUCGAAUCUGAAAUAUUACUUAAACAUUCAUGCAUUAUAUUGUGUCAAUAUUUAAUUUUAUAAUAUAGCAUUUCUAAAUUCUGAACGCUGAUUGACUAAGCGCCGUGUUGACAAAACUCAAUGUGAACACGGUAGAGAGUGAGAUACUGAAAAAUAGUAGAGAGUGAGAUACUGAAAAAUAAACAGUGAGAUAUUUUCCAUAUCUUCACUAGUGAAGAUAUCGAUCACGUGACUUUUUCCAAUUUGCUCAGUAAGCAUGAAAUUUCACAAUUUUUUGCUUGGGACUAUAUAAUAAACAGAACAUUACACGGUGGCUUGAAGAUAUGACUUUUAUUUUCUCGUGUUAAAAACAAUAUUUUACUCACUCGCUGCGCUCGUUCGUAAAAUAUUGUUUUCACCACUCGAAGAUAAAAGUCAUAUCUUCGCCUCGCCGUGUAAUAUCCUCUAUUUACUAUUUCUAUGUGCAAUAUUAGAGAAAAAUAGAAACGUUUUUCCUUAGUGAUAUAAAGUUAUAUCAACAGGAGUGGAAAUUGGGAAAACGAGAAAUUGUGUGGAAACACGAAUGUAUAUUGUCACACAAAUAUGAAAACAUACAUUGUCCAAUUUUCUGUGUGGUGACUAAUUAUUAUUCAUUAUUUUAUCGCAGAGCAGAGGAGACUCGGUAAACGAUCCACUAGUGACAAUUUCUUUAAAACAUCAAGACCAAAUCUCGACAAGAUCAAGUUCAUCCAGCGUUGAGAAGUUUCCAGAUCGCAGCCAGUUGAAGAAUGAAAACGAGAUAGAAGAAGCUAAUCAGUGCCUUACCAUUUCAAAUGUCUAAUCGCUAACAGCGAAGCAUGGAAACAAGAACAUUAUGUAUAUAAUAUAUUUCCAUAAGUAGUACAGCUUAUACGCUGAAACCUUCUAUGAACCAAAUUAAAUGGCUAGUAAAUUUGUCGCGCUGCGCGCUCGGUCUUCAACACAGUCAAUGGAAGACCUCCCACUCUGUUUUUAACGUGUAUAUUAUAUUGUUUUUCUUCUUACAAAGCGAAAAGCUUAUGCAGGUGCGCAGCUCAUCAGUUUUGCUCCAAGAUAUAUAUAUAUAUAUAUAUAUAUAUAUAUAUAUAUAUAUAUAUAUAUAUAUAUAUAUAUAUAUAUAUAUAUAUAUAUUAUGACAUAAAUUAUAGCAACGGAAGGCAAAAUUUAAGUUGACUCUGCCCGCCCACCUCCAUUAUCUAGUGCACUUUGCCCAGGUCGCAGAGGUUGCCAGGGGCUUCUAUGACGUCAUAAAUCGACGUUGUUAAACGGGAGAAGCGGUGUUCUACACUCUAUUACGCUUUAUUCCAUAUUAUCCGGCAUUGAGGAUUUAUAUUCUCAGCGCAAUCUUAUAAGAAAUUGUAACGGCCUUCGUCGCCCUGGGGCCUCUAACACCGCGGUCGAUGUGGAAAUGGCGGGGAAAAUGUCUGCCAAAAUAAUAGGAGUAAAGAAAAGGGAAAAGAGAAGUAAAUAACACACUAAUCAUUUCCGGGAUAAGAGAAGCGUUUGCUAUUAGGAAAUGGCUGAAGCUAUAAGAUAGGAACUUUCACCAUUUUUUCCUUGUGUCAAGAUGAAGUUAUACUGAGUUUAAACACUCGUAAUUUUCUUUAAACUUUUUCCUAGAGUUUCGUCAAGACAAUACCAUUUCCAGUCUUUUGAGUUCAAGCAGUAAAUACACGCGCACGUUUGACCGCGGUGUUUAUUGAGCUGGGGUCGGGGGCCAACUCUUGCUGGCCUUCCAGUUUGCACAAGAUACGAGGUUGUUAUCCUAAGCUGUAGUACACCAUGAGGCAGUAUAUACUCUGACGUUAAUAAAAUGCCUCAGCAAUGGACCAUUUGCAUUAUAGACUAAAUUUUGAUCUAGACAAAAAUUUCAUCACAGCUUGAAAGAGCACCACAAAAUUAGUAAUAUUCCAAAGUUUCCUUGCGAAAUGUUGUAAAAUGCGGAUAAUAUAGCCAUGCAAAGUUUGCCGUUUUUCAGUCAUUUUGUAUUACGCACGGAAAAUUGACAGCCCAAUCGGGUGUUGGGGCAUCAAUUUCCCGUUUGUAAUACAAAAUGACUGAAAAUUGCAAAUUUCGCAAGGCUAUGUUAUUCGCAUUUUACAACAUUUCGCAACGAAACUUUGGAAUAUUACUAAUUUUGUGACGCUCUUUCAAGCUGUGAUGAAAUUUUUGUCUAGAUCAAAAUUUAGUCUAUAAUGCAAAUGGUCCAUUGUAAAUACAUCAUAUUAAACCGACUUGAAUGUUCUCUAUACAGUACUGAUCAUAGUGUAUCGAGAUAUGGUCUGGAACCUCGGCAAUGAGCUACGGUUUUAUGUUGAAUACGGCUUCACCGUGCACAAAUCAUUUCAAAUUUUGCUUAUUAGCAUUAAUAUUCCAACAGUACGGCAGAAUCAAUGAUUCGACGGGAUGAUGCCAUUGGAUGAUUGCUCCAUUAUGCCAACAAUACAUUGUCUUUCACCGUGCACGUGUACAAGUUUGCAUAAAUACGGACAAAAAGACAGAAAAAAGACUUUGGUCGAGUUUUCAGACAAUAUCUUGAUUCACUAUUAGCUUGGUUUCUCUUUUUUAAAUGCGGGUGGAUGGAAGGAAAAGAGAAGACGAUCUGUUACGAAAAAUUCCUAUCUGCCUGCAUGUAAAAAGCCAAAAUCCAGCUUUUCACCUUAUAGGUCUAUCAUCUGUCUUUUGAUUGGUUAGUGCUCAUUAGAUUAUAAGUUCAUUGUAUAUUUAGUAGUUUUAGUAUUAAUAAUUAGAUGUUGUUGUUAUUGUGUGAAAUUGACAUUUCUCCUGCAACAUUUUCAUUGGAUACUAAUAUGUAAAAUUCGCAAUCGAUUUGAUCAGAAGUUAUUCCGUCUUGGCAUUUCUUUUGCUUGUUCUCCUUACGCCUCGCCGUUCUUUAGCCUUUAGGCCAUAUAAAAAAAAUAGUUGGUUAGCGUCC